UUUCGUUUUCGUUUUCGUUUUAUUUUUCCGAACCGUCGAAUUCGAUCGUGUUUUAUGUUUCGACAUGUUGAAAAUUAAUACCUUUAGAUCGGUUUUUGUGUCUGCGAUGCGGUAUGGUCAGUUUUAUAGUAGAAUUACAUCACCUUGUUGCCUAGAAAAUACGAUGGUACUGUACUCGAAACGGUUAUCAUCUACGUUUUCACAAGAGUUUAUUGAGGGUGACAAUAUUUAUUCUUGUUACAGUCGCAUUUCUGUCCGGCAAUAUGCCAAAAACAAGGACAAGAAAACCAAUAAAGGUACAUCUUAAAAUUAAAUCUGGGUCGAAAUUCUAGUAUUUGUUGUACCCAACAAUCAAUGGCGCCAAACCCUAUGUUAAAGGUUAACAAUUAAAUUAUCUUGCCACUUUAUUUUUGAUCAAAGUUUGGUUACCAAACCUAAUAAAUACAUCAUUACAGAAAUAAAAACUAUAAUUUUGGAUAUAAAAUGAUCAGUAUUUGGUUAUUGGGCCUCUUGAAAUAUAUUUCGCCUGACUACAUUUUUAGGACUUCAGCGCCACUAAGAACAAUUAUUGUUCACCUAUGUAUAUGAUUAUGAUAAAAACUUCUCGAUGAUUAUUUUUAACUUGUACCAAUUAUUCCAUUUAGUUUUCUACCUAUCUUUUAACGUUUACUGGUAAUAGAUAUGUUUCACACUUUCUUGCGUGUGGACUUUACAGGAUAUGUAGUUAACUAAAUAAAUAAAUAGGUAUAUGUAAGUUUUUGUUAUCUCUUUAAUGUUUUUAAUAAUAUAAAUUAUUUUUGAUAUUUUGGUAAUUAAAAAUUAACAAGAAAACGACUUUUAAAUUCAGAUAUAUACAUUUAUAUUUUUAUGCUUACAAUUACAUAUUUUUAAUUAAUUUUUAUUGUUUAGGUAAUAAAAAAGUGUCCAUCGAUGAAAACCUAUUAGCUGAACACGUGAAAUAUAAUGCCAUGAAGUCUGAAAUGGAAAAAGCUGUUGUUGGAUUAAAAAACAACUACAUUAAAAAUCUAUCAUUAAGGUCUUCCACAGGUACCAUAUAAUUAUUUACAAUCAAUUUACCAUAAUAUAUAUUAUACAUACCUACCACCAUUUUGUAUUUUAUCAAAAUUAUAACACAAAAUUUAUAUUUUGAGUUUACCCAUGCUUAUUGUUUUUUAUUGAAUAUACUUUAAAAGUUUUAAUGCUACAUCCUAUAUUUACCAACAUAGUAUCUCCUAAAAAGAAAAACUGUGUUUAAGCUAAUACAUGUUUUUUUGUAUGUUCAAUGUUUAUCUUGUUAACACAAUUUGUACUUGUAAAAUUAGAUAUGAAUCAUGAAUCAAAGUGGUGAUUAAAUCUUCUAUUUUAAGUGGUGAUGAUUUCUUCAAUUGUUGGUAAAAAUUUAAAGGUUUGAAUUUAAAAUUGUGAUAAAUCAUUUUUGAGAUUUUCUGAAAAUACAUCUUUGAAAAUUAUAAAAUAUAAUAAUAUAAGUAUUCAAGAUAAGAUAGAAUAUUACAACAUAUAUAUAUAUAUAUAUAUAUGUAUACUGCCCUCACAAGUAAAAACGCUGUAAGUCAUUAGACACUGUUUUUAUGUUUUGGAUUUUCUAAAAAUUUAUAAAACCUCUUACAUUUUGCUUAUCAAAUAGAUUUUCAUACGGUAUUUUACCUGAUAAAUGCAAUAGAAUAAAAACAAAUAAAUUUUGAAGUACUUAAUAUUUUACAUUGUUUCUUAGUAUAAUUGGUAUAUAGAACUGUACUGAAUAGAUUCGUGAAUAGAAUUCAUGGGUAAUCAUAUAAAUAAUUAACAAAUAAUUGAUAUUGUAUCAUUUAUAAAGUUUCUAUAUUAUUAUAUAAACUUUUAUUAUAUUUUUAUGAUUUAUUGGUUAUAAUAUUAUGUUAUUAUAAGUAAAAUGAUAAUCUGUACUAAGUAAUGCCAUAAAUCUUUAUUUUUAUUAUAUAUCUACUAAGCCAAAAUGCUUCAUCUUCGUUAAUAUACACUGCAUUUUUGCUUAACAUGGUUAUUAUACAGCAUUUUCACUUAGUAAAAAUGCAUUUUUGACCAUUUAGGGCAUUUUGUCAAAACCAAUAUUGCUAAUAGCCGUUUUAUAGAUUAAUAUUUCAGACAUGUGGCAUAUUGAUCUAAAAUGUCUGAAUUUUACCAUUUUGAUGUUUAUAACUCAUUUUUCAAUUUUUGGACUAACAGCGUUUUUGCUUAGGAGGGCAGUAUAUAUAUAUAUAUAUAUAUAUAUAUAUAUACAUAUAUCUGUAUAUACUUUAUAUAUUAUAACUAAUUAAAUCUCAACAACUUUAUUAUUACAAUUAUUAUUUUUGCUUAUUAGUUGUUAUAUAGUACUAUAUACGCAGAAUCUAAUUUUUCACAUGUCAUGUUUAUUUACAAUUUAUGAUAAAAUACAUUCAGUUUUAAUAUGAAAUGAAAAUCAAAAGAAACUACUUAUGUACAAAUUAAUUGAUACUAUUCAAUGUGAAAAAUUGAUAGGUAUUAAAAUAUCAAGUCAUUAUAUAAUUACAGUAUUACCUUAAUGUCACCUAUUAAUAAAUUUAUUCUUUACAAAAUAAACAUUUUGUUUAGUUUAUGUUAUGUGUAUAUAAACAUUAGAUUUAUAAAAAACUAAUUUAAUUUUAAGUUUUAUUGUUAUUUGUUUAAAGCAAAUAUUCAUAGAUAUAAAUUAGAAUUUAUAUUUUGCGUUUCAAUGUUGGUAAAUUAGAAAAUGUUAUUAAAACUUAUUAUUAUCUGCCUCAUUAAGUUUUACCAACAUCAAAUCAGUUAUAUGAAUAUGAAUUUAAUAUCUGGAGAUUUGUAUGAGUAUUUCUUCAAAGCAUAUAAAUGAAUAAUUUAAAUCUAUCUAUAAAAUAUUAUGUAUUAAUGUAUAAUAUUUUUAGGAACAUUGGAAUCAUUAUCAGUAAAGUUUGAUGGCGAUGAAUAUGUUAUUCAAGACUUAGCACAAGUUGUGCGAAAAAAUCCAAAAACAAUAGUUUUAAAUAUGACAUCAUUUCCACUAGCAAUCCCUGCCGUUUUGGAAUCAUUAAAAGCUUCUGGUAUGAAUUUAAAUCCUCAACAAGAUAAAACUACUAUUUUUAUACCAAUACCUAAGUAAAGUAUAAUAACUGCAACAUUUUUAAUAAAUAAUACAUGUUAAAUACAAAUUUUUUAUUACAGAGUAACUAAAGAUCACCGAGAAAAUUUAAUUAAAGGCGCAAAAUCACUUUUUAUCAAAUGUAAAGACAAUAUUAAGGAAAUACAAAACAAAAAUAUAAAAUUAUUAAAAGACAAUGAUACAUUGGCAAUAGAUUUAGUUCACAAUUUACAAGACCAGGUAUUCUAAAAAUUGUAAAAGAAGUUUUUAUGUUAGUAGUUAUUUAAUAUAUUUGUAGGUUUAUAACAGUACUGAAUUUUUAACUAUUGAACAUAUUUACUACAUUACAAAUACAGUAAAACCUCGUUAAUAUAAAUUAAUGAAAAGAUUAACAAAAUGCAAUAAAGGUCGAUAUUAUGAUUAAAUAUUGCAUUAAAUUCAGAAAUAAUAAUCAUUAUUUAUUAUUUAUUAAUAUUCAUAAUUGUAUCCAAAAGACUAUUUAAAAAACCAUUUAUUUAUGAGACUUAUUUUAUUUUUGCCAAUAAUUUAGCAUAAUUAGGCGGUAUCCCGCCUAAUAUGUAUUUAAAGUGUUUUAAACGGGUUACUAGACAGAAUAAAUAAGAAAAAGAUUUCAUAGUGUUACGUGUUAUUUAUUAUAUAAUAACACAGAUCAAAUAAAAACAUCAAUAUACAUAUUCCAUUACUUUAUAUUAACUUCAUAUAGAUUUACAAAAAACGAAUGACAUAUUUUUAAUUUUUUUUUUUUUUAUAUUAAAAAUAGUCUUAAUGGUUGGUGGUUGCAAUAAAUUAUUUUUAUAAUUAUUCAAUAAGAAGGUUUCCAUCCUACCUAAAUAUAGACACAUGUUUUGUAUCAGUUGCAGUUUGUGCUUGUCUCAAUGAAUAUAUUUAUUGUACAGUACUUGCGAAUGAAGAAAGUGGUGCAGAGUGGUACCAUUAGUUCAUCAUUCUUUGGACCAUUUGGUUCAUCGUUAACUGUAGCCUAGUAAAUAAUUUCUUCAACAUUGUUAUUAAUUGAUUGUCAAUGGAUGUGUAAUAUUUUUAUUGAUGUAUUAAAUGGGAUUUUUUCAACCGUAAAAGGUACUAGAGGCCAGAAAAGAGCGUAUUAAGCGGGAGCUUAUUAUGCGUGUUUUAUUUUUUCAAUGUUACAAGAUCUAAGGUACCUGGAAUCGAAUAAAAUCCACGUAUUGAGUGGGACGGCGUAUUCAUUGGUAGUGUCUUAACAAGGUUUUAAUAUAUAAUAUUUAAAAGUUGGUAUUUUUAAGUAAUAGAAACCAAUGCAUAUUAAGUAUAAUUUUAUAUACAUUCACAAGUCUCCUAAAAAUCAUAAUUGAUUGCAUUAAACAUUUAAAUAAUUUUUGUAUACUCUUAGUGUCGUUCUCAUCAAUGGAAAUGUUGAUCUUUAUGUAGAGUUUAUAAGAUAACUGACUAAUCACUAUUAGUUAUUGACCAUAAACUCAGUUUAAAAAUCAAAUAAACACCUUAGUUUACAAUGGUGAAGUGGCUUUUAGAUAGUGCAAAUAAUGGUGACAGGCUUUCAGUGUAAUAGGUCCAAAAUGACUUUGAUAAUUCCAAGUAAAGCAAUAACUGCUACAUAAUUUGAUGUAACUAUAAUGCUAGUAUCUUUUAGAUAUGGAAAAAAUAACAAUAAAAGAACUUAUCUGGGCCAAUAAAAUUCUUGGCAAAAAAAAAAAAAUGAGUCCCAUAAAUAAAUGGUUUUUUUGAUGGUCUUUUUGGACACAAUUAUGAAUAUUAAUAAUUAAUAAUAAAUGAUAAAUAAUGAUUAUUGUUUUUGAAUUUAAUGCAAUAUUUAUAAUCAUAAUAUCGACCUUUAUUGUAUUUUGUUAAUCUUUUCAUUAAUUUAUAUUAUAUUGAAUGAUAAUUAUUACUAUUCAUUAAUUUGAUUAGGUUUUUUUGAAAACAGUUUAAAAACACUACUGAAUUGGAUAUUAACAAAUCUUUAGGAUUUGAAAUUUAAGUACCUUUAUUUUUAAAUUGGUUUAAUACCUAUUUUCAUUAACUUUAUAUUAUGCUCAUUUAAAUAAAUCUAUACCCGAAUCUUCAAUAAACUUGUUCAAAUUGUUGAAGGAUGUUCAUAUCCUCAUAAUUCUAGAACAUCGUAAUUCUUUCUAAUGUAUGCCCAUACAAAUAUUUUAGAAUACAUUUUCGAAACAUAUUAGGCAUUCAAUUGAGUUUAAUCUAAAUUCUUUAAGCUAAUGAAAUAUACAUUUUAACAAUUUACUAUUCGAUUUUGAAUAAGUUUGUUGAUGGUUAUAUGGUGUAUAAUUUUAAAUAAAAACAUAAUAUGUCUGUAUAGUAUAGAAUAAAAAAUAAAACCAAAACUUCUAAACAGUUUUGUAUUUUGAAUAUCUGUACGUUUCUUAAAAAAUAUUAGUAAGUGAUGGUAAAAUAAAACAAAUAUUUAUUUGUCUAUAGACAAAAGUGUGGACAACUGAAUUUUUUUAUUAUUCUUAGAUUUUGAAUUUAAAUUGUGCUAUUAUAUUAAUUAUAUACGUUCUACUUGAAGUGGCCUUUUGAAUUCUCAGCCAUUCUGUUUAAAAUGUCGUUCAUUCUAUACUUUAUAAAUUAGGUAAAUAUAAAGGUAAUACAAUCAUAGGUAUUUUUACUACAAACUUACUUUUAUAUUAAUCAUAUUUGUAAAAUCUGUUUAAUAUUUUCUUAUUAAUAUACCAAUUUAUAAUUGGUUGGGUGUUUAUAUUAAUUCAAAUAAAAAUGAAUGAUUCUAUUUUACUUUUUAAAUUUGUAUGAUGCUAGUGUUAAUACUAUUAAAGAUAUUAUUAUUUAUACAUUACAUUUUAUUCAAAUUUUACUUGGGUGGUUUUAUUUAAAUAACAAUAACAGUUGAUUUUUUUUUCCCAGAUUACUGCACUAGCAGACAAAUAUGUACUGGAAGCACAACGAAUAAUGGAAGAUAAACAAAAUGAACUAAAAGGUGAUUCAUAAGGUUUGUAAAUAAUAUAUUUGACGAUGAUAUAUUAUAUCAAUAGGGUUUCCAGAGGUGGUUCAUAAAAUACCUGUGGCCUCUGUAAAAUGAUUACUAUCCAUUUAGUAUAUUUAUGUUAUACUCACUUGAUAUUAUAGAGUGAAAACCAGUUUUUUUAAUACAUAACCAGUCAGUGUAUGAAUCAUCUAUAGAUAUCAGUCUGUAAGACUAUAAUACUGUACAAUUUUGUUUAUUAAAAAAUUAUAAAUAAUUUUUUUUUUCUUUUAUCCCUGACAACAAGAUAUUUGUAAC